CACCUAUAGUGAAGGAGGAAGUUGCAGCUGUGGAACGACGGUUUUCUAAGAAACAGCAAGGCCGUCAGCUGUCCUAUGGACGACAACCUCACGAUCCUUCUCGGUAUGCUAAUUAUGUUUGUCAUGAAUGCAAACAACGAGGUCAUAUUAAGAGGUUCUGUCCAAUGAGGAAAAACAAGAAACACGCAUCUAAGUCGGGAAACGGAGUCAAGGAGCAAGGAAAGUCGGCCUUGCCCCGGGAGCUAUAA